CAUUUGGUGUUGAAAUUGUCAACUACAUGACUGAACCAAACAUUUUGAUUCAUUGAAGAUCCAAUCAAGCGAAUCGUAUUAUGCAUCACUAGACUUUUUGUUUAGAUUCGUUUUGUGGGUUUGUUGAUUUGAAAGUUGGUAAUUUAACUAAUUGUUGGAUUUGGGUGUGCCGUAAAUGUGAAACAGCAAGUAUCUCAAGAAAACUUGUCUAUUACAUCUUUUGUGUUCAGUUAAUUCUAAUAGAAAACACCAAAAUGCCCCUUCUCGAUUCUUGCUGGUCCCCGUGUAUCUGGACAAACAAUCUGAAGAGUGGUUGUUUUGCUAUAGCAUAUUAUACUGCUAUGAUGAGUGCUGUUUUAAUUACAUUUAUUAUAUUUGAUAUGACCGGUGGAGAUUCUACUCAACUAUAUAAUCCACUUUUCGAAGCCGACAUACGAUUGUCAAUGCAGGCCAUUGGAGGAUUACUCAUUGUAUACUUCUUACAAAUGAUUGGAUCAUCAUUAUUACUAUGUAUGGGCAUAAAUAAAUUAAUAAGAGGUCUUAUGGUACCGUGGAUGGUCAGCUUUGGAGUAGCAAUAUUGUUCCAGCUUAUUUUUGGCCUUUGGCUUUUAGGAGGCUAUUACAUUUAUCUUGAUGCAGUUUUGUAUACGCUGGUAAUUUGGUCCUGGAUGGCAUAUAAUGUUUAUUGCUGGUUGGUGGUGCAUUCCCAGUACAAGAUUAUUGAAGAGAUGCAGUCUCCUAACAUUGAAUUGUUAUGGCCAUAAUUGACUAUUGGUUAGAUAGUCUGGAUUAUCUACAUAUCACAAUUUGAAUGUUAAUUUAUAUGAAACAUUCAUAUUUUAUCAAAUUGGGAGACUUAUUACAUCAGAUUAAGUUUCCUGUGCUACCUUAUAUUCACAUGAUUUGAUACAAUUUGUAUGUAUUCAUCAAUGUGAGAGAUCACAAAAUUGUGUUAUAUGAAUAUAAAGACUUGAAUUAUCCGUCCAUACAAUGUAAUUAUAAUGUUAAAUUGACAUUGAAAUAACACCUGUAUAUGUAUUUUUAUAUAUUUUGUAAAUUCGAUGUUGUCUUUUAUUCCUAGUUAGUAACAGAUGGGUAAUCUGGAUGAAAACUCGAUUUUUACAUAAAAUGGGCGUGAAAACAGAAAAAUUGCAUUGCAAAGGCAUAUAAUUAUUGUAAAACUUACUCAGAAAUUAAAAAAUCCCCGAGAUUCUGUAC